AUGCACGGCCUCGCUCAGACCGUAAUGACCCAACUGGCUGUCCCACACAGCCCGAACGAUGUCGGAUGGAAGGCGCUUAGCCCCGCGCUAAGCGAAUUACGUGACAGGACAGAUAAGGAAUGGCUUCAGCUUUUAGACAAAAGCCUCACAGAAUGCACUGUCUAA